UUCGUUACAGCAAGGACCCCAUUACUCGUUUUAACUCACCUCGCCAUCUUCAACUUUGGUCAUUUUGACAGAGCCCAGCUUGUGGAGGAUUUGGAGGCAAUGUCGAAUGAUUCAGCCAUUCAUUCACAGCAUUUCUCCAUCUAUGAUGGGAACAGAAGCGCAGCUAGGCCUCAGUUAGCCCCUUUGGAUCCUUGGACGACGGGGGAGCGGCCAAAGAUUGCGCCAAAAGAAGAGAUCCAGAGGAAGUCAAUGCUUAUCGCAACUACACCAAAUGAAGGCAAAUUUCGUGGUGGCGAGUCUUAUGAAGAUCAGAUGAGCUGCAAAAAGGAAGGCAAAGAUGCACUAAAAAUCCCAAAAGUGCGUUCCGUGAGCUCAAUUCUCAAGAAUGUGGGAGGUCUUCGCCCAAUCAAAGCCCUACAUUCAGCAGAGCAAAGCGCUUCAAGCUCCAAGCCACUACCGGUUGGCAACCUAAUAAUUCAGCAUUUAGUCUCAAAAGAAGGCAGUAAAGAGCAUACCUCGAGUGAAACUAUACAAGCACGGCAAAAGAUGAAAACUGAGGAAGUUCCCAUGUUGAACAUUCAUCACAGCUAG